AAAAGUAGGAAAUGGCGCUUUAACGUUUUUCCGGUUUAACCCUUAUCAAUUUCAAGCUUCGGUUCUUCUUCUGAAAACCAUGCUUUCUCGAAUCUCUAGGUUUCGACAUACUGGCAGCUGCGGCUUACCUUCUCUGUUACCAGUAGCUGUUUCCGGGCCUCAUUUAUCUGAAAACUCUCUCUUUGGUUCAGUUGAAUUUUCUAAAGAUGAUGAAGCAAUUUCUACUGCUACCAAGCUUUUUUUCAUUAGUGGAUCAUGGUCUCAGUUUUGCUAUUCAACAAAUGCGACCGUUCACUCUCAGAACCCUCUCUUGUCGAACUACCUCAUCAAAUCACUGGGAUUCUCCAGAUAUGAAGCAAAUGCUGCAGCUACCAAGUUGAACAGCGUGAAAGCACCUAAGAAUCCUGAUUUGGUAAUCAAAUUCUUCCAAGAGAUGGGUUUAGAACGGACAGAGAUCAAGAAAUUAGUUUCUAUUACACCGAGACUGCUUUUUUCUGAUGUAAACAGAACCCUUAAACCCAAGUUUCAGUGUCUGCGAGAAGUGAGGGUAUCUGGAUCUGACCUAGUUGAUCUCUUCCUAGCAGACGGGAAAGCUUUGUAUAAUGCAGUAGGUUCUCAUUUGAGGUCUAAUUUGGAUUUUCUUAGGAAACUAGUUAGUAAUGAGGAAACUUUGGUUAAACUUAUAAAGAGGUCACCUUAUUUACUUGCUGUCAAUGGUCCAAAAAUAUUUGAACCCAAAAUAUUGUUGUUGCAAAAAUUUGGUUUUUCAAAUGCCCAAAUCGAGAAACUUAUACUUCAGAAACCACGUAUACUUCUGCAAAAAUUCGAGUGGCUAGAGGAGAUAUUGCACAAAGCUGAAAAGGAUUUACAGAUUUCUCCCACAUCUGGAAUGUUCAUGUACGGAGUUCUUGCAGUUAUCGCACUAGGUAAGUCAACAGUGGAAAACAAAAUGGGAGUUUUCAGGAGUUGUGGAUGGUGUGAUCAGGAUAUAAUGACUGUGUUCAGAAAGCAACCCCUCUGUUUGGCUAUGUCAGAAGCUAGAGUUCUGCGAGCAUUGGACGUUUUCACAAGGGUACUCGGAUGCAAACCAGAAUACUUGAUUAGUAAUCCUGCACUUCUAAUGCUUAGCCUGGACAAGAGAGUGAUUCCUAGAAAUCAAGUACUGAAAGUUUUAGAGGAGAAGAAGCUGAAUCAGAAAGUAUCUUUUUCUCGAGCUAUGUAUAUAUCUGAACCUAUGUUUCGUUCAGAAUUCGUGCUUCCUUACAAGGAUGAGAUACCUAAUCUGUAUGAGUCAUAUGUGACAUGUGUGAGACGUUAGAGUCAUGAUGAUCAGUCAAAUGAGGGAUCCAGCUAGGGCAUUCACACCAAGGCUCAUAUUGAAAGCCACGGGAGGUUCCAAAUGAAGACCAAGAUCCUUUGGAGAAAUGAAGGUCCCGAGAUGGACUGAAAUUGGAACUCGCUGGACCAAAUUUAAUAUUGAUUGUGACUGCUCAAGUAUGUUGAUCGCCCAGACAUGCACAGUUUGGCCAGAUAUUUUAUGCUCCUCAAUUGAAGGCACAACUCAUGUAUCCUGAUGCGCUUGCUUAUGGUUUUGGCAUAGGAACGAUUUGAGCUUAUAGCUUCAGGAUAAAUGCAACCUUGUUGUUCUUGUUCAACACCUAUGGUUGCGGCUGAAGUAGAGCCAAACUCCUUGUGUUAAUCAUUCUAACCUGUUGUAGUUUGAGUAAUCUAGUAGGUUUCUUCUUAUUUCACUUUGAAUGGAUUCCUUGAAAAUAUACUUUUCUCAUUAUUAUCUCCUUUUGUAUGGAGAAAAUAAAUUGUUUACCAUAUUGGAGACCUUGUAUAAGUUUCUUGUUUAUCCAGCCCUA